AUGUCCCACCGCCCGCCGGCGCCAAUGCCGGACACCCUCUCGGACGCCUUCGCCGCCGCGGUUCUCCUCUCUUCCACCGACAAGCCGGACACGCUUCCCCCAGGGAGGCUCUCGCCCGUCUCCCCGCUCCCCUCAAAGCACGGGCACCAGCACCACCACCCGACCCCGAGCUCCUCCUCGGGCUCCUCCGGCUCCGUCUCCCGGGCCCCGGUCGCGCCCGCCUCCGGCCUUGCCUCGCGCCGGAGCCACUCCGGCGAGAUCCCGCUCCCCUCCGACGCGCCGCCCCGCGGGGCCGCGCGCCCGGGCCACCGACGCACCGGCUCCGGCCCCCUCAUCUUCACAUCCGGCGCCGCGUGCUCCAGCUCCGCCACCUCGCCGCUCACCAACGCGCUCCCGGCAGGCAACAUCUGCCCCUCCGGCCGCCUCGCCAAGCAGCUCCCCUCCUCCUGCUCCUCCGCCGCCACCCCGCCGCCCCCGCCCCCGCCCCGCGCCUCCCGCCACGACGUGCUCGGCUCCGGCACCGCCAACUACGGCCACGGGAGCAUCGUCCGCUCGCGCUCCGCCGUCGGCGCCGCCACCGACGACGACGCGGUCCUCAGGCGCGCCAUGUCGGCCGCCGACCCCGAGGAGGUCAAGAGGGCCGGGAACGACCAGUACAGGAAGGGCUGCUUCGAGGAGGCCCUCAGGCUCUACGACCGCGCCCUCGCCCUCUGCCCCGACAAUGCCGCGUGCCGGGGCAACCGCGCCGCCGCUCUCAUUGGCCUCCGCCGCCUCGGCGAGGCCGUCAAGGAGUGCGAGGAGGCGCUCCGGAUUGAUCCGUCCUAUGGCCGCGCGCACCACCGCCUCGCGUCCCUGCAUAUAAGGCUAGGACACAUUGAGGAUGCUCUGAAGCACCUGUCACUUGCAACCCCACAGCCUGACCUCCUAGAGUUGCACAAAUUGCAAACAGUGGAGAAGCACUUGGGGAGAUGUCUGGAUGCGCGAAAGGCUGGGGACUGGAAGAGUGUUCUAAGGGAAAGUGAUGCUGCUAUUGCAGCUGGAGCUGACUCCUCUGCUCUGCUCUUGGCUGCUAGAGCAGAAGCCCUUCUCCGUCUCAAUUUACUUGAUGAGGCUGAUAUUGCAAUCUCUAGUGCCUCCAAAUUGGAUUAUACAUCUUCAUGCUCCUCAGACACCAAAUUUUGUGGGUUUCUUGCCAAUGCCUACCUCUUUUAUGUACAUGCCCAAGUUGACAUGGCAUUAGGAAGGUUUGACCAUGCUGUCUCCUCCAUAGAUAAGGCUAGAAUAAUAGAUCAAGGGAACACUGAAGUGGUAACCAUGCAUAACAAAGUGAAAUCUGUGGCCAGAGCACGAUCUCUAGGGAACGAGCUCUUCAAUUCUGGAAAAUUUUCAGAAGCUUGCCUUGCUUAUGGUGAAGGGCUCAAACAACACCCUGUGAAUAAAGUCCUGUACUGUAAUAGGGCAGCUUGUAGGUUCAAGCUUGAGCAGUGGGAGAAGUCAAUUGAAGACUGUAAUGAAGCUCUCAAGAUCCAUCCCAAUUAUACCAAGGCUUUGCUCAGGAGAGCAGCAUCCUAUGGCAAGAUGGAGCAAUGGGCAGAAUCCGUGAAGGAUUAUGAGAUUCUCAGAAAAGAACUUCCAGGUGACAAGGAGGUUGCUGAGGCCUAUUUCCACGCCCAAGUUGCUCUCAAGUCAUCUCGUGGUGAGGAGGUAUCCAACUUGAAGUUUGGAGGAGAGGUUGAAGCGAUUAUAGGAAUGGAACAAUUCCAGAUGGCUACAUCUUUGCCAGGUGUUUCAGUUAUCCAUUUCAUGACGCCUUCAAAUCAGCAGUGCUGUAAGAUUUCCCCAUUUGUGAAUACACUGUGUACGAGAUACCCAUCAGUUAAUUUCCUCAAGGUUGAUGUGAACGAGAGCCCUGCUGUUGCACGCGCCGAAAAUGUGAGGACAAUUCCAACAUUCAAAAUCUACAAAAAUGGUAUGAGAGUCAAAGAGAUGAUCUGCCCCAGCCAACAACUGCUGGAAUAUUCAGUGAGGCUUUAUGGGAUUUAG